AUCCAAUGUAGAUCCAACUUUCUAUUCACUCGUGGGAUCCGGGCGGUCCAGGGGGGACCAUCAUGGCUCCUCUCCUCUCGAGAAUUCAUACAUCCCUUAUCAGUAUAUGGACAGCUAUCUCUCGAGCACAGGUUUAGGUUUGGCCUCAAUAGAAAAAGAAAAACGGAGCACCUAACAACGUAUCUUCACAGACCAAGAACUACGAGAUCACCUCUUUCAUUCUGGGGUGACGGCGGGAUCGUACCAUUCUCUUGA